UUAUUUGUUUCACUUAUUUACUGAGCAUUUUGUACUUGCAGGUGCAUUUGUAUUCCAGUACAAAUUGUUCAGAGUUUAAAACAUGCAAAGAGACUAUCAAAGGAAGAAACCCUCUAUGUGGAUGGUGUUUCUUUGGAAAAAAAGCAACAAGAAAGUCUAAAUGUACAGGGUCUAAUGAUCCAAACAAUUGGCUCUCAUCAUUAGGUGAAUGUGUUAAGCUUAGAGUUGAACCGGCGGGGACAAAAGUGAAUACAGAAAUAAGUAUAACAGUGACUGCUUCAGAUAACAUUCCAAAGAACAGAACUGGUGAUACAUAUGAUUGUGUUUUCCUUGGGAGUUCAUUUAUGAAAAGUACUAGAGCAAGAAGAAAUGGAAAUGUGUUUACCUGCAGAACACCAAAUGUGAGUAGCCAUGAUAUAAAUGCAAAGUUGGAAAUAAGGGUAACACCUUCAAAUGUAAAGCUUGCAGAGACAGAUUUUCUAUUCUAUCAGUGCAACACCUUCAAAACGUAAGUAUAGGGUGACAUU